AUGGCGACGCGGGCGCGUCGACGUCGUCGGCGGCGUUUGCGCGCGCGUGGGAACGCGCGAGCGAUGACGGCGGACGUGGGCGCGACGCCGCGGACGUAUGAACGCAUGACGCGGUUCGCGUGCGAGGGGGCGACGACGGGGACGUUGGGUGGGUGGUUGACGGCGCGCGGGGUGGACGCGAGUCGAUUCGAUCGCGCGCGCGGGACGAAGAAUUUGGAGGAUCUGUUGAUCGAGGUGCGGAGUGGGGAGAGCGUGUUGAUCGGGAGCGAUGUGAACGAGACCGGGGGGGUGGGGGCGGAUGGGAUGGGGACGUGCGUGCGUUUCGUGUCCGUGCUCACGCUUCGAGUGCGGCGACCGGGAUCGAGCGCCGACGUCUGCCUUAUCGAAAAGGAACAAACGUUCGGGAAGAGUGAGCUCGGCGGCGUAUUAUUACAAAAAUACUGUAUCAAAUCAAAUAUAUCGGGUUUAUGA